UCUCUCUCCUCGUAGUGUAUUUUUUAGCUCAGCCUCGGUUGCUUUCCUUCCCCUGUGCCGCCAUUAAAGCCCGUCAGUUUGGUGGUUGGGAACUGGGAACAGGAUAAAAAUGCUUUAGAGCGCUAAAGCAAACGGCAGAGGGACGGGCUUUGGGGGGGACUUGCUCCGCGGUAUGUAUGGACCUUCAACCGCCAAGUAAACGGCACCCCAAAGAAGUAAAUAUGCGGUUAGUGUCGGCCAAGUAACAGCCUGAGUUCGGAUUGGAGUGGGUUUCUGGGGGGAAGCUCCAUUUGUUUAGGCUCCGGUGGGAUACCGAGGAGUGUAAACACAGCAAAGCAAAGUAGACUGCUUGCUGUGUGAUCUCCUUAAGAGUGGAUCUGCCGAGCUGAGAACCCCUCUGAACGGCAGGAAGCCCCUCUCAGUGGCGGAGCGACGAUGACCGAGCUGGUUGCCAAGUGGGCCUGUGAAUACUGCACAUACGAGAACUGGCCGUCAGCCAUAAAGUGCACCAUGUGCCGCGCUCAGAGGCCCAGUGGGAGUGCCAUCAUUACUGAGGAGCCCUUCAAGAGCAGCCCUGCUCUGGAUGCUAGUCUGCACCAGUGGGACCCUGCAGGCCUGAGCAACAGCCCACCCCAAGGGGGGUCCAGCUUGCUUAUCUGUCCAGACUCCAGCGCCCGACCCCGUGUUCGCAUUGCUGACGUACCUGAGACUAGUAGCAAGUGGUCAUGCCACAUGUGCACCUACCUGAACUGGCCUCGGGCCAUCCGUUGCACUCAGUGCCUGUGUCAGAGGCAACAAGCUCAACAACAGCAGCAGCAUGGACAACAUGCAACCCAUCAAGGACUUCAUACCCAGCAGCCACGCAGCCCCACAGAAUCCCCCCAGACCUCAAGCUCUGGAUGCCGCCCUGCUCCUCCAGCCACUAGUCCAGACCCCUGUGAGGAAUAUAAUGACCGUAACAGGCUCAACACUCAUACACAGCACUGGACCUGCACUGCCUGCACUUACGAGAACUGGGCCAAGGCACUUAAGUGUGUGGUUUGUGACCACCCAAGGCCAAAUAGCCUGCUAGCUGAACCCAUUGAACUGGCGUCAGAGCCUGAGAGCCAACAACCCUCCUCCAAACUUAAUGAACAGGACAGGGACAACAGGAGGGGUGUUGUUGGACAUGUGGUUGGGCAAGGAGUGGUGAGUGGAGUAGGUGGGCUUGGGGGUUGUAGCAGCAGCCAAAGAAGGUCACCUCCAUCGUCAAAACAGGAGUCUGAGGUGAAGAUGGACUUUCAGAGGAUUGAACUGGCAUCAGGGGCUGGGAUUGGGAGCAAAGAGGAGCUAGAGGUGGAUUUCAAAAAACUGAAGCAGAUAAAGAACAGGAUGAGAAGAACUGAUUGGCUGUUCCUCAAUGCCUGUGUUGGGGUUGUAGAGGGUGACCUGGCAGCUGUGGAAGCCUACAAGUCAUCAGGAGGUGACAUCGCACGGCAGCUUACAUCAGAUGAGGUGCGGCUAUUAAACCGGCCUUCUGCGUUUGAUGACGGCUUCACGCUGGUUCAUCUUGCCAUCCGCUUCCAAAGACAGGAUAUGCUGGCUGUGUUACUAACUGAGGUGUCCCAGCAGGCAGCCAAGUGUAUCCCAGCCAUGGUUUGUCCUGAGCUUACGGAGCAGAUCCGGCGUGAGGUAGCGGCCUCUCUUCAUCAACGCAAGGGAGACUUCACCUGCUACUUCCUUACUGACCUGGUGACCUUCACCCUGCCAGCAGACAUCGAAGACUUGCCUCCAGCAGUUCAGGAAAAACUUUUUGAUGAGGUGCUGGAUCGCGAUGUACAAAAAGAACUUGAAGAGGAGUCUCCCAUCAUAAACUGGUCCCUGGAGCUCGGGACAAGGUUAGACAGUCGACUGUACGCCCUGUGGAACCGCACGGCUGGAGACUGUCUCCUUGACUCUGUACUGCAGGCUACGUGGGGUAUCUAUGACAAGGACUCGGUGCUACGCAAGACCCUCCACGACAGCCUGCAUGACUGUUCUCACUGGUUUUACACACGCUGGAAGGAGUGGGAGUCGUGGUAUUCUCAGAGCUUCGGCCUGCAUUUUUCACUCCAGGAAGAGCAGUGGCAGGAGGACUGGGCCUUCAUUCUGUCCCUGGCCAGUCAGCCGGGUUCCAGCCUGGAGCAGACCCACAUUUUCGUUCUUGCACACAUACUUCGUAGGCCCAUUAUUGUCUACGGAGUGAAGUAUUACAAAAGUUUCCGUGGCGAAACGCUCGGUUACACACGAUUUCAAGGUGUGUACUUGCCUCUUUUGUGGGAGCAGAGUUUCUGCUGGAAGAGCCCUAUCGCUCUGGGCUACACACGGGGCCACUUCUCAGCACUGGUCGCCAUGGAGAACGACGGCUUUGACAAUCGCGGCGCGGGCGCCAACCUCAACACGGAUGAUGAUGUGACAGUCACUUUUCUGCCACUGGUGGACAGUGAGAGGAAACUGCUUCACAUUCACUUCCUUUCAGCACAGGAAAUGGGUAAUGAAGAGCAGCAAGAGAAGCUUUUGCGGGAGUGGUUGGACUGCUGUGUGACAGAAGGUGGUGUUCUGGUGGCUCUACAGAAAAGCUCCCGCCGACGCAACCAUCCGCUUGUCACCCAGAUGGUAGAAAAGUGGCUUGAUGGGUACCGGCAGAUCCGCCCCUGCGCCUCUUUGUCUGACGGAGAGGAAGAGGAAGACGACGAUGACGAGUGACAAAACUGAAGUGGGGGCGGGGGCAGGACUCCUCUCCCUUACAGUUUUUUUUUUUUUUUUUCUUUUUUUUGUACCUUUCCUGACACGGACAAACUGUGAAAGCCUUUAGGAGAGUACUGGGAACCAUAAGCUCCCCCAACCACCCUCCACCUGUGACAGAAGUCACUGCUACUCUUCAGCACAGGCGGGCAUGAAUAACACUCACAUUCACUCCUGACAGACCUAAAACUGACAAAGUCCACCGCUGCACAGCACAGAUUUGGGGAGAGAAUAAAGGUUCACAAAUGCAAAUGACCUCCUGAUUUGUUUAGAGUUUCAAAAAAAGGAAUCUUUAUCUGUAGAUGUAAAUGCAUGUGGUUGUUGAAAAGAGUAUAAGGAAAUAUACCAGCAAUGAUUAAAUCAACACUUUAUAUCUGUUCAGUGUGGGCACUGACAAAAGCACACUUCCAAAUUAAUCUUUCUGAUGUUUUUUUCAUGUAUAAGGGUUGGCUUCUUUAGCAUUUUGUUUUUGAAUGGGCAGGGACAAAGCCAAUAAAUAUUGUUAUCUUUAGACAACCAGAGAUUGUGUAAUAAUAAAUGACUUUAAUCCUUA